GCAUUAAAAACCAACUGCAAAUUAAGAGACAAACAAAUAAACUAACAAACAAACAAAGAAACGAAAGCAGCAGCAGCAGCAGCAGCAACAACAACAACAACUGCCUGUUGGUAAACAAAACUUUCGCUUCAAGUUACUAGCAACAAAGUUGCAGCAACAAUGCUGAUGAUGCUAGCCAUUCCAAAUAAAUACUAAGCACACUGCAAGUGACUUACAAAAACAAACAGUCACUCAGUUACAGAGAAACAACAAAAACUGCAAUAGCAACAACAACAAGGAAGUACAAGAGCGGACACGAAGGCCGAUAGCAUGGUGCUGCGACUGAAUGUUGCAGAGCAACAGAGCAGCAGCAGCAGCAACAACAAUAGCGUUAGCAACAUCAGCAAGAACAGCAACAUUAACGGCAACAACAGCAACAACACGAGCAGUAACACAGGCAACGGCAACAGCAGCGGCAGCGGCAGCAAUAGCAACAAUGCAACCGGUAGGUGCUCCUCCUCCACCACAUCGUCUACAACAAGCCUGAACAGCAACGCAUCGCCCAGUGGCAUUGUCAUGCUGGUACCACAGGCACAGUCGCAGCAGCAACAACAACAGCAACAGCAGCCACUGGCGGCACCACCAGCAGCCGCACCACAAUAUGCAGCACCACAGCAACUCUCGCCCUCGGAUGGCUCCAACUCCUCGCUGCCAGCAUCGCCACCGCUGCUGCAGCAAACCGCCACACCGCCGCAGGGCGCACAGAUUGUGCCACCGGUAUGUGCGCUUCACAAUCCGCAUCAGCAAUUGGCCUUAAUGGCGGCCAUGCAGCAUCAGCACCAUCACCUGUUGCCGCCACCGCAUUCUGCGGGCCAGCACGUGCCACCGCAUGCCUUGCAUCAUGCCCCACCAUCGGCACCACCACCGCAUGAGAACGGACAUGCACACAUCGGUGGUGGCGGCGGUGGCGGCAUAUCGCCUAGCAGCGGAUCUUCCUCAGCCAGCAGUGUUAGCAGCAUUUCGAGCGGCAGCGGUGGUGCCUCGAAUGGUGGUGCCAGCAAUGGCACUAACGGUAUUGGACCGCCAGUAACCGCCACACUGCCACCCGGACCACUCUACAUUCAAUACCCGAACGAGUUCUAUCCGCCGGAAUAUUACAUUGCGCCGCAUCCCCACGAGGGCAUCUGUCCGCAACACCCGCACCAUCACCCGCACGCGCACCACCACCAGCCCAUGUGCGCCAUGUCUCCGGAAUAUGGUCCCACGGCUGUUCAAAUGGUUUCGCAAAAUCGCCCGCCGCCGCCGAUGCCCGUGCCCGUGCAGGUGCCUCAGUACGUUAAUGAGAACGGCACCGUGACGCACGUGAUGCUCUCCCCACAGUACCAGCAGCUGCAUCCCGGCCAGGGCCAUCUACACGCCACUCCAUUUAUCAAUGGCAAUUUCUUCACACCAUUGUCCGGCUACCCGCCCGGACCGGGUGGCAACGGACCGCCUCACUAUCAUAUGCCGCCACCACCGCCAGCCACACAGCAGCCGCAAACGGCAGCCGCACCACCCCAACAGCAGCAACAACAACAGCAGCCACCACCCAGAACACAGGUCUCACAUUCCCCGCACUCACCCUCGCCGCCCAACUACAAGGAUGAGCGCAGCCAGCGACAACACAAGAAAUUGGUCCACAAACUGGAGAGGCAACGCGAACUCGAUUCCGCCGUCUCCACGCCCACACACUCACCCUCGCCGCGUCGCAACGACAUCAACGGCCAUCACAACAACAGUAACAACAACAUUCCGCCAGGUACAGUGCCUCUAGCACAGCACCUGAACAAUCACCAUCAUGUGCACAAUCAUGGACGCCGCUUAUCGCAACGCAACGGUAACGGCACGCACGUUCCUAAUGCAGCCACCGUUCCAUCGCUGCCACAGCAACAGCACCAACCACAACACCAACGCACUGGCAGUAGCGUCGGUGGCGCCUCCUCUGUAGGCACCUCCGAGGAUGGCGAAGACACCUCCAGUCUAGCUGCCGAGGAUGAGGAGGACUACCAAACAUCCAUAGUGGAGCAGCUGUCGGCCAUUGAGAAGCCAGAGGUAAUCGAUGUGACAUCGCGCAGCGCCAAAAUAAAUUGGGUAGCGCCGAGCAUUACGGACACGCUGCUGAUUAAUAUGCGGGACUUGCGAUACAACGUCCUGCUGAGCGACACAGGGAAGCAGUGCAAAUACAAGAGUCUGUACAUGGGCGAGGCGUACGAGUGCAUUGUGCAGGAUCUGCAGCCGGGCCAGGAGUAUCUGGUGCGCGUGCAGGUCCACUAUCAGAAGCUGCAGGGCACCGUCUCGGAACCGACUGAGUUCAAGACCCCACCGUGUGAGCCGGACCAGCCGUUGCCGCUGAAGCUUGUCUCCCGCUCGAAGAGCUCCAUAAACUUGCGUUGGAGUGCGCCGAACGCGAACGGUGCUCCCAUCACCCACUACCUGCUGGAGUACGACGAGGGCAAGGGCAAUGCUCUACACUUUGUCGAGCUGGUCAAGACGAAGACGAAGCACUACGCCAUCAAUAAACUGCAGGCGACCACCGUCUACUGCUUUCGUCUGGCGGCCAUCAACGAGAUGGGCCAGUCCCAGUAUUCGGAGGUGAGCAGUUACAGCACUGCGGGUAAUCCACCAACGGCGCCCAAGGCGCCUACUCUUCAUGCCUGGAGCUCCAAUUCGAUACACUUGCUGUGGGAGCGGCGCGCCCAGGACGGUGACUUCCUCCUCCAAAUGCAGGAUCCAGACACCGGACACGGUUACCUGAUCAUAUACAAGGGCGGCGAUACGCAAUACGAGUGCCUCAAGCUGCGACGCGCCACCACCUACCAGUUCCGGCUACGUGCUGAAAACGAUGCCGGCGUCUCGCCCUGGUCCCAUGAGGUGAGUUACAAGACGGCCGCCGAACGCCCUGGACGGCCGGGAAAGCCGCACGCCAAAGGAAAAAUUCAUGGCACACACUUUAAGGCGCGCUGGGAACCGCCUUCAGAUACAGGUGGUGGCGACAUACUCUGCUACCACCUGGAGAUCAAUGCGGGCCCCAAAUUCGAGCGCAUCUAUACGGGCGCUGAGGCGGAGGCGAUGUGCGAACGCCUCCAACCAGGCACCACCUAUCAGCUGCGCACCUAUUGCGAAGGACCCGGCGGCCACAGUCCUUUCUCGGACAUUGGCCAUGUCACUACAGAAGCGGUGGUGCCCGCAGCGCCUCCACCACCACACUUCGAGUCACCGCCCACCCCCUACGUGGCGCUCUUGCGACUCAGCCAGCCGGAUUACAAUGGCGGCGCUCCCGUGCUCGAGUUCGAGGCUCAGGUGCGCAGUCUGCAGGAGCGCUCGGACGCCGCAGAGCCACCGCCAACCACGACGGUCUAUCGCGGCAAGCAAGACUACUUUGUGGCUCAGCAACUGAUGCCAGGCUGUGUCUACGAGACGCAGGUGCGCGCCAUCAAUCGUAUCGGCGCCGGUCCCUGGUCCCAAUGGUUCCGUUUCACCGCUGCCGCUGCUCCGCCCGCAGCACCAGAGGCGCUCCGAGUGCUUGUGAAGUCGGCCACGUAUGUGCAAGUUAGCUGGCAGGCGCCGGCGCUGGAUAAUGGUGCUCCCAUCAGCGCCUAUUCGCUGCAGUGUGCCAGCCAGGCGCGCAGCGAGGAUGAAAGCGACCCCGAAGCGGAGACAGAGACGGAGGUUGAGACAGAGGAUCAGCAGGACACAGCGUCUCCUGUCAAUACAGACUUCCACAGCUGCUACCAUGGCCUGCAGACCAGCACAGAUUUGCGGCAACUGGCCCCAUUUACACGCUACUUCUUCCGACUCUUUGCGAGCAACGUUGCCGGCGACGGUCCGAUGACUAGCUGGGUGAGUGUUCGCACACCAGCCGCCGUCCCAGCCGCACCACACAUGCAGGGCUAUGAGUUCACCGCCAAUGAGGUGACACUCAACUGGACGGAACCGGCCAGCCAUGGCUCCUCCAUCUCCAGUUACAACAUUGAAUACGGCGAGAGGACGAUUGCCACUCCGGAUGCGUGCACCCGCUACACGGUGACGGGCCUAACACCCGAGACGGGCUACAAGUUUCGCGUGCAGGCUGUCAACUCGGUGGGUGCCGGCAGCUUCUCGGCCUACGCCAAGCUGACGACCCAACCAGCGCCACCAGCACCACCGACGCUGGAGUGCUCCGGCGCCGGCCACAACUACAUUAAGCUGAAGUGGGGGGAUGUGGGACGCAACGUGGACUUCACCAAGUACUACGUGGAGAUGUAUGUGACGCGGGCCAAGCAGUUCCAGGUGGUCUAUGCCGGCACCAAUUGCAUGUGCAAGGUUCACAAACUGCAGGAACGCACGGCCUACACUUUCCGCAUCUACGCGCACACGGAUCGUGCCGGCGAUGGUGACUACUCGGAGGAGUUUAUGUUCGAGACGAGCGCCACGCUGCCGGCCAACAUCAAGGCGCCGCGCGUCGUCCACGAGAACAGCGUUUGUCUGCUAACAACGGAGCAUGCCCCCAACAUGCCCGGUCUGGGCAUGCAGCUGACCCUGGAGUGGCAGCACUCGAAGAACUCCUUCCACGAUCGCGUGGAGUACGAACUGCAGUACGCGGUGCUCAGCAGCGAGGAACCAAUGGAAGCCAACGCCACCACAUCAGCGAGUCCCAAGGCACGCAGCAGCAGUAGCGGCAGCAACAACAGCGCUCCGGUGGCGCUCAGCAAUCAGGACUAUCGCCAACUCUACCGAGGACCCGACACCAAGUUCACCAUCGACAAUCUGGCCGCGGGCACGUGCUACCAAUUCCGUGUCUGUCCCGUGCGUCUCACCGCUGUCGGCGAUCUGCUGUAUGGUCAGCCCUCGAGCGCCCUGCGCUACCAAGUGCCGAGCGAUUUGGACGCCAGCUUGGCGGCCUGCCAUCAUUUGCAUGCGCUGCCCAGCGGCGGCCCAACCCCGCUGCCGCCCACACUGGGCGCCACCCAACGUAGCAGCCGCAAGCCCGCCGCUGCCAGCAAUGGUGGCAAUGCUUUACAUCCGCGCUCCAUCAGCGCCUCAGCCAUCGGCAGCAGCAGUAGCAGCGGUUCGGGAGACGUGAUGCAUCUGAGCCGACUGCCGCAGGAAUUGACGGCCAGCAACUUUAACGCCUGUGGGGAUCCGUUGCACCUCCACCAUCACCACCAUCAUCAUCACCACCAGCCCUUGUCGUCGGGCGUGGCGUCCGCAUCUUCGCUGCGACUGCGCGGCAACAGCUCCUCGCACCACAUACACCACCAGCACCACUCGCAUCACUCACACCACAUGCAUCAUGCGCAUCACCCACACGGCGCUGGUGCCACCACCAACGCCCUCACCACGCACAGCAGCACCGCUCAGCACGGACCGCUCCGUCGCUUUGUCGCCAAACUGUGUGCGGUUUACACGAAUCGGAAGCGGUUCUCGGAUCAGGAGAAGGCGGUCAUCUUUGUGGUUUCAUUUCUGUUUGUCACCUUCCUGGUGGCCACACUCGUCAACAUGGUUUGGGGCUGAACCGCACGAACCGAACCAACUGCAAAACCAACAAAUAAACACACUUGAUGUCUCAACGAAGUGAUUUAAACAAUUAGUUUGUAAUUAUGUAUUUUUUUAUAUUAUUAUAUAUAUUGUAUGUAUGUAUAACAACAACAACAACAACCACAACAACAAAACGAAGCAAAGCAAAAACAACAACUGUAUAUUGUCAAACAUUUUAAACAAAAACAAAACAAAACCAACAACACAAAUCAAAAGUAAUUUAAAUAAUCACAAGAGAUCACAAACCGAGUUGCAACAGAAGAUCGCAUUUCACACACACACACACACACACACAUUUAUACAUGAAUAUUAUAUACAUGCAUGUAGCAUAUACAUACGAUUAAGGUUUGGCCACCACACGAGCGGGCACACACAACAAAUUAAUCAAAUUAAUUAAUAAUUGAAAAGAAUUGUGAGUUAUUUGCAAUGCCGUGUGUGUGGAGGAUGCAUAAGAGAAAUGCUUGUAAAUGAAACAUAAACUAGUAUUUACCUAUCAUAUUUGUUGUUGCUAACUAUGUAUACAGCCACACAUACACCCAACACUCUCUCACAUACACACACACACACACAAUCUCCAUAUGUGCUAUAUUGUAUUUAUAAACAAAAACCACAACAAACAACCCAACCAGAAUAACAAACAAGGCAAGGAGAAUUACUUUGAAGAAUAUGCAAACAAUUUUCUCAAUCGCUUCACAAACCGUUGGCCGUUUCUUUUCUCUAGUGUUGUACACAGAACAGAAGGAUAAGAAAGUAACGGUACAGCUAAAGAAACGCGUUAAAUGCAAAACGAAUAACGAAAAGUAUGAAUUUAUUAGACUAUGCUGUAUUCCUAGUAUACUAUAUACAUACACAUAUAUAUACAUACAUAUAAAUCUCUCUCUAAACACAUACAUAUAUAUACACAUGCAAACGAACACACACACACACAUAUAUAUAUUUAUAUAUAUAGCUACCAAAAUAUAUAGUGCUGUACAAUUUUCUCCAAUCGCCGCUCAAGUCGCGUUAGAAACGCACCGAGCACCAAAAAAAAAAAAAACGCAACGCCUAUUUGAAACGGAAACGGAAACAAACAGCAGACGCUUUUUCAUUCUCACAAUUUUUUUAUACAAAAUAUUAAACAAUUUAUUAUGCAUAAAUAAUAAAAACAUACAUACGUAUUAACAACAACAGCAACAUCCACAAACGGCACGGCAGUGAAGGUUGUUAGGAGCGGAGGCGACAUCGACAAACAAUUCCACAUCUCUUUAUAUACAUGUACAUAUAGGCAUAUAUAAAUACAUAUAUGUAUAUACUAUACUUUCGAUCCAUGCAUUAACUUCCUGCAUUUCACAUUCUUCUUAGCAUACAUACAUACAUAUAUGUACAUACAUACUACUUAUAUACAUACGAGUAUAUGCAACAACACCAAUUGCGUGUGCCUCUCAAGCCUAACAACCACAACCACAGCCCCAAACGCCAAUCGAAAACAUGAAUUAAAAAUUAAUAAGAACAUACAAGUAUAUUUUUUACCAACAAAAUGAGAAAAAAAUUAAUUAGUAAAUAAUAAAAAAUAUAUAUACUAUAUAUAUGAAAUUUAUAGCUAAUGCAACGCAAAGUGAUUUAUAUUCCAAUUAUUAUUAUUUUUCUAAUUAAAUUAAUUAAUGUAAUUGUUUCUUUCCAUAGCAAUUAAUGUGAAUUAUACAACAACAACAACAGAAAUCUAUA